CUCCCCCAACACAACACCAAACCAAACAAAAAAGAGGCCGCUGGCGGACGCCCACCAACCAAAAAACCACACCUUUCCUGUCCUCGCCGCGCGCCGCCGGAGAAGCAGAAGCAGAAGCAGAAGCCGUACCGCUCCUCCUCUCCCUCUUCCGGGACCGCCGUCUGCCUCAUUUCCAUUCGCGCCCGCCGGAGGGUUCAUUUUGCUCAUUUACUUGCUGGGCACUGGUUCAACUGAUGGCCGUAUACCUAGAAAGGAGUUUCUUGUAAAUUCCCAUCCAUAUUCAACUCUGCUAUCAUCAUUUUCUUCACUAGCAUUUGGCAAUAAUGUCCGAGAGCGAGUUAGCAGUAAUAAAACCAGAGGCAUUGAAGACUUAUAUUUGGCUUCAGUGCUUUGAUGGUUCCAUACAACAAGUGGAGGAGGAGGUUGCGAUGUUCUGCCCCAUGAUAUGUCGGGAAAUAGUGAAAAAUGGCACAGGGUCAUCCAAAAAUCAUGCCAUUGCUCUCCCUGAAAGAGUUAAUCCGGCCAGUUUGAGUUUAAUUCUUGACUACUGUCGGUUUCAUCAGGUCCCUGGGCGCUCAAACAAGGAGCGGAAGUCAUUUGAUGAAAAGUUUGUUAGGAUAGACACAGAAAGACUCUGUGAAUUGACUUCUGCAGCAGACAGUCUACAGUUAAAGCCACUUGUUGAUCUUACUAGUCGAGCUCUUGCUCGAAUAAUUGAAGGAAAAACACCUGAGGAAAUUCGUGACAUUUUCCAUUUACCAGAUGACUUAACAGAGGAAGAGAAAUUGGAGCCUCUAAAAAAUAUAAAUGAUGAUCCUAGGAUUCGCUUAUUGAACCGAUUGUAUGCAAAGAAGCGCAAAGAGCUCCAGGAACGCCAGAAGCUAAAGGAUGUUCAAGUACAAGAAGAACAAAAAGAUGAGAGAUCUUUGGAUGAGUUACUUUGUUUUAUAAACGGAGAUGGAGGUUCUGGUGGUGGGAAAGCUGCCAAGAGUAAGAAAAAGAAUAAAAGGAGGAAGGAUCAAGCUAAGAAUCCCCCAAAAGCUGACUCUGAACCUGUAAAUAAGGAGGGAGCUGUUUGUGUGGUUCCGCGCAAAGUGGAUAAUUGCAAUAUAUCUAGACUUCCGUGCCAAAGUCCAGAUAUACAAGAUGAUGUCGAGGAUCCCUUUGAAGAUGCUGACCUCGAUGAUGGACUUGAUCCUGCAAUGAAAGAAGAGCUUGAUAGAGAAGUGGAAGACUUUGCAAGGAGGUUGAAUUCAGUGUGGCCUGAAAGAAUGCAUCUGGAACAGGACAGAAGGAUCGAGUCACAUAUUGGUGGUAAUGGUUCUCUGCAGAGAUUUACUGGGUUCAAUCACAGGUGAGUUUUUCUGUCAGGAUCAGAAGACGGGAAGCAGAGGAGAUUUGUGGACAUAGAGCUUGGAAGAGAGCUAAAGACCAAACUGGCCACCUGGCACCUGAGUGUUGGAAAUGCAUGAUGACUCGGAACCAAGCGUGCGGACACGCGCGACCGUCGUUUCCCUUGGCCAUUUUCUGGGGCAGGGGGUCGCCAAGUCAGGAUGAAGCAUAGCGAGGUUUAGGCUCAAGGAAAAAGACAGGGAUCCUUAUUUCUUUGGGAAGGGAUGGUUAGAGGUCUGUUAUUGACUCGGUUUUUCCUCUGCUGCUAAUUUUCCUGGAUAGAUAGAGUGGUGAUCGAUGGCAGUUGGAGCGAGCUGUUACAUACAUGUGAAAUUCCGUUUAUUCACUCAAUUGUGUGGUGCACAUAAAAAUGUGGUGGUGGUGUUCUGCUGGUGACCUCACCUGACCUGGGCUUGGUUGAAAUAUACCAUAUCAUAUAUUGCUACUUA